CCAGCAGAAAGCCUUGCGCGGUGGGAGAGACAAUCUUGUUCCGCAGGACAAUGGUUUUGAUUGGAGAUUACAAUCCGAUUCGCUGAUUUCGACAACAAGCGCAGAUCCAGUCUAUUUAAGAUGAGUUUACCCUACACCUCUGCAUCCACCGGCGAGAUCAUGUCCUCCUUGGCUGGCCAGCAGCUGCCGGCGAUGGAGUUGCCCUGCCUCGCCUUCCACCUUUGCGGCCGCUCCACGCCGUUGUUUAGCGCACCCGAGCAAAAGCGCAUCACGGCUGCCGGUGACAUGGAGGAGAUCCUGAAAGGCAAGGUUGUCUGCCCGACCGCACAGGGCCACCUGCUGGUCCGCGACCCCGCAACAGCGGCGACCUUCCUCUGCGACCCGCGGAACGGGGACAAGACCCACCUCCCGCCGCUCCGUGGAGUGGAGGGCAGCGUGCUGGUGGACUCCCACUGCCUGCUCUCCGGCGAGCCGGCGUCUCCCGGCUGCGUCGUGCUCCUGGUCGAGCCCGACGACACCUCCAUCUGGUACGUCCGCCCGGGGGACGACGACCGGUGGGUGAAGCACGACUACGACAUCGGAACCAUGGUCCUGGACCACGACGAGGGCCUGCAGGAGAAGGAGGUGAUCUGUCCGAUGGCGGCGUGCCGGGGCAAGUUCUACUUCAACUCCCUCCCGACCGAGCUCGGCGUGCUCGAGUUCUGCCCCGGGCCAGUGUUCAGCUCCAUCGAGAUUGACGACACGAUCGCAGCCGAUGGGAGCUACGGGUGCGAGGAUGGUGGUAAACCACGCGAUGUGCACCUGGUGGAGUCCGACGGUGAGCUCUACAUGGUCAACCUCCUGUGCACCAACACCAGGAGGGAUCGGAUCUACAGAGCCAGCGUGCACAGGAUGGACUUCGCGGAAGGGAGGUGGCGUAAGGUGAAGGAUCUCGGUGGCCGCGUGUUCCUUCUAUCCCUGUUCUACUUCGGCGCAUCGUGCUCCGGCGGCCAUGGCUUGCGGAAGGACUGCGUCUACAUGGUGUAUCCUGUGAAGAAGGCGAUGCUGGUUUUCGAUGUGGAGGAGGGGACUAUUGAAAUGCGGAAUCUUGACGAUGAGGUUCCAGCAUCAGAUAAAGCAUUCUGGGUGCUUCCCACCAAUUGCGAGGAAUAGGGGAUAUAUGUGUUUUGUUUUCAGCUUUUCUUUGUAAUGUUUAUUUGUAGUUUAAGGCCACACGGUGUGGCUGCUUUUUUCCAAGAAGGGCAUAGCCCAAAUUUCAUUACCAAGUAGCAACGAAAUUACAAA